AUGUGCCCCUUUAUAUGGUAUAAACAACGCGUCACAAUUGAGCAAAACCCAUAUGAAAACAAAAACGCUUUCUGUUUUCAGUGUAUCAAACGCAACCGGUUACUUAAUUACGACAAUAAUUUUAUUGCUGGUAAUAAUUUUAUCUAUCUAUCUAUCUAUCUAUCUAUCUAUCUAUCUAUCUAUCUAUCUCAUGUCGACACGAUUUUUAUUGCUCGUAAUAUUUUUUAUCUAUCUAUCUAUCUAUCUAUCUAUCUAUCUAUCUCAGUAUAUAUUUAUGAUGAUGAUGCGGUAUUGAUUCUAAUGUCUACAUCUAUCUAUCUAUCUAUCUAUCUAUCUAUCUAUCUAUCUAUCUAUCUAUCUAUCUAUCUAUCUAUCUCUGGUCUAUUCAUAUCUAUCUAUCUAUCUAUCUAUCUAUCUAUCUAUCUAUCUAUCUAUCUAUUUGAAUUGAUUGGAAAAUUGCUAAUGAAAGAAAAAUAUUUGUUGAGGCUGAGUUUUCUUCUGACAUUCUCUAUUCACCAGUCUCUACACGCAUCUACAAGUAUCCAUUCUUCCAUCAAUAUUCACCAGUCUCUACACGUAUCUACAAGUAUCCAUUCUUCCAUCAAUAUUCACCAGUCUCUACACGUACGUGUUUCAUUUCUAUAUUUGGAUCUAUUUGAAGGACAUUUCCUUAUCAGAAUAUUUGUUCCGCCUGUUAUCCCAAGAGAUAAGUCUGAAAUUCCGAACCAGACAUUUUGA